AUGGAAGGAACUCAAGGUGUUGAAGCUACAGAUGGAACUGUACCGGUUGCGUCUGCAUUUUCUGGUCAUCAAGAAGUUGUUGAAGCCAAAGAUGGAACUAUUUCUGUUGCUUCUGCAUUUGCUGGUCAUCAAGAAGCUGUUCAGGAUAGAGAUCACAAAUUCUUAACAAGAGCUGUUGAAGAAGCUUACAGAGGUGUAGAAUGUGGAGAUGGAGGUCCUUUUGGUGCUGUUGUGGUGCUCAAUGAUGAAGUCGUUGUAAGCUGUCACAAUCUGGUUCUCAAGCAGACAGACCCUACUGCUCAUGCUGAGGUUACAGCAAUAAGAGAGGCCUGCAAGAAGCUCAACAGGCUGGAGCUCUCGGACUGCGAGAUUUAUGCUUCUUGCGAGCCAUGCCCUAUGUGCUUUGGUGCCAUCCAUCUUUCAAGAAUCAAGAGAUUGGUUUAUGGAGCUAAAGCAGAAGCUGCAAUUGCUAUCGGUUUUGAUGACUUCAUUGCUGAUGCACUUAGAGGAACCGGUUUCUACCAAAAGGCUAAUUUAGAAAUCAAAAGAGCUGACGGCAACGAGGCCGUGAUUGCAGAGCAAGUGUUCGAGAAAACCAAGGCCAAGUUUCAUAUGUAUUGA